ACAAAUUGACAUCUCAUUUUAAGAGUAACCGCAAACCUCUGGGUUUUUGGCGACAGAAGGGUUAACUGAACGUUUGGAAAGGCCCCGCUGGGUCAUACAGUAACCGGUGAGCCGGUGGUCUCCGCCUGGACGAAGCUGGCAGCCAUGGAGCCCGCUUGGCUGUUUUUACAGCAACGCUCAGAAACGCCACAGUGACCGUAAAAUACGGCGGCGUCUCGUUUACCUCCCUCCUUUUCUUCAUUUGCUCCGCGACGCUUUGUCCUCCGGUACGGACAUGCCAACAUGUGCAAGAAAAUAACCAGGGCCGAGAAAUGUGAGCGGACCGGCUCGGUGCUGUUAUCGGUAAUAAAGUAGGAAGAGGACGGAAACGGUUUGUCGCAUGAACCCGGGCAGAAGUCGGUCCUGCUGCUCGGUCGUUUCCACAGACUCAGAAUGAGGAAACCCAAAGGGAUCCGGAUGGUUUCUGCCCUGUGUCUGGGAUGUUUCGUCAUGGUCAUCUUCUACUUUAACAGCAGUCUGAAGCCAGUCUGAACCCAACAUACCUGUGGUGACGUAUGGUGGUGGCAGCAUCAUGCUGCUGGGAUGCAGGAAGACUGGUCAGAGCGAAGAUGGGUGGAGCUCAAUGCAGGAAUAUCCUGGAAGAGCAGCAGAACCUUUGGGGGAGCGAAGCAGUGGGCAGAAAACACGGAGGAGCCCCCUACAGACUCUCUAUGAGGGAGACCAGGUUGAGUCUGCUGUACAGGCCGUCCAUCAGGGUCGCCGGGAGCUGCUGGAAGAAGCCUGCCACUCAUACACCCGCAAACGCAGAGUUCUCAUCCCUGAAGACCUGAAGCACGUCGUCGUGGAUGACCAGCAUGGCUUGCUGUACUGCUAUGUGCCUAAAGUGGCCUGCACCAACUGGAAGAGAGUUUUAAUGGUUCUGACAGGAGUCACCGGAGACCACAAAGACCCACUAGACAUCCCUGCCAACGAGGCCCACAUCCCAGGAAACCUCCGCACUCUGUCAGAGUACUCCACCUCCCAGAUCAACCAGCGCCUGCGCUCGUACCUAAAGUUCAUUUUUGUGCGCGAGCCAUUCGAGCGGCUGGUGUCUGCGUACCGCAACAAAUUCACGCGGAGCUACAACACAGCUUUCCAUAAACGAUACGGCACAAAGAUUGUGCGCCGGCACAGGCCAGAUCCCCACCCAGAAGCCCUGGAGAAAGGAAACGAUGUCUCCUUUGAGGAGUUUGUGUAUUAUCUCGUGGAUCCCGCAACCCAGCGAGAAGAGCCCUUCAACGAACACUGGGAGCGGGUGCAUUCGCUGUGCCACCCCUGCCUCAUCCACUACGACGUGGUGGGGAAAUACGAGACGCUGGAGCAGGACUCCCGCUACGUGCUGCAGCUGGCCGGGGUGGACGAGCAGGUCCGCUUCCCCACCUCAUCGAAAAGCACCAGGACUACAGAAGACAUGGCUGCAAAUUUCUUUCAGAACAUCAGCCCCUUUUACCAGAAGAAGCUCUACCAUCUCUAUCGCAUGGACUUCCUGCUCUUCAACUACUCUGUGCCAGCCUACCUCCAGUUCAGAUGAGGCUGAGAUAUCAUUCAGCCAAACGCCUGACUUGAACUUAUGGUCACGUUUCUCAUUCUGCAGGUUUUGUCACAGACUGCUUUUAAUGGGACAACAGAGAAACAUGAGCUGCAGAAAGAACCGUCCGUGUUCAGAGCGAACAGAAGUUGGCGAGGACAUCUCAUAACGACAUCAGAGUUUCUCCCUAGUGAGGCCAAGGAGAUUUUAUUGGAAACAUGGAGUUAACUGUUGGUCACUGGAUCUGAAUGUGUGAGAUGCUUUGGUUUACAUUCAUUCCAGUUGUUUUCUGCUGUUUCAAAGGUUAAUUUGCACAACAAAUGAUGUCCCUACAGAGUGCAGGAGCAGAAAGAACUGUUUCCAUAUCGUGUGUGGACAGCAAAUGUCUCCAGACAUGUGCCUUGGAUCGUGGGCCUUACUUUGUCCCCAGGCAACAAAGACUGCUUUUCUAACUGUGAUGCUUGUUCCCGUUUUUUAUGUUUGGAAAAGAUUUGUGUGUAACUAUCAUUUGUAUUUAUUAUUUCUAGCUCUAAAAAAGCCAAACCAAACUAGAUAUAAGUUCUUCCACAUCUUUUAAAUAAAUGCAUUUCACCAA